AUGACAAUUGAAUACCGGUGUUUUGACUUAGGUACAAUCGGGCGUCAUCUAGUAUAUUUUAUAAUGAGUAAUUCGUUGAGAACAUCUGUCACGCGCAAUCGUAAAAAGUCUGGUGAUACAGCAACCACUUCCAAAAAAGUUUCCAGAAAUAAAAUCGUCUAUGUUAAAAUAUGGCAGCAGAGAACAAAGUGCUUCACUUACAAUCCAAGUAGUGAGGUGUCUUUUGAAGAUUUUUCUUCAUUUGGUUCUGAAAAAGAGUCAGAAAUUGAUCCGAAUGAAAAUGAAUCGACGGUUUCGCCCUCUUCUAGCUAUCGAAAUCUCCAAAAUGAUCAAAUCUCAAACCACGAGAACGCUCUGCAGUUAUACUCUGAGGACACUCCAGUAUCAAUUGAAUCACCAUUCCCUCCCGCAAGUAGAACACAAUUGCCAGUUUUUGUAACUAAACCACUCACUCGGAAAAAACUCUCGCUUAAUUGUUCUAGAAGUAUUUCGAAUUCAUUAACACCAGAUAAUGGAAAUAACCUGACUACUGGUACUGAAAGUGGAAAUAGCCGAUCCGAGAUUGGGAUUGCUGACUUAGCCGAAGCCUUGCGCCUACUGUCUCGAGAUGCGAGAUUUCGUAGUAUUCGACCUCCUUGGAGAGAUCCAAACUCCCGACCUCUGCCUAGUGAUGAAACAGCCUCUGUUGAAGCUAUGCUGAGGGAGUACAAUCAGCUUUUGAUCAAAGCAGCUUCUGAACCAAAAUGUCCCGCUAAUUCUAAAAUUGCUGUUAGAAGACCAUAUCAUACUACGCUCAAUAGGUGGCGACAACAGGAGCGAAUUCAAAUGGAAAAUUUUUAUUUGGCUGAUCGUCUGCGCAACAUUCGCCCAAGUCCCGAUAUUUCUCGAGAUGUGCUUCUAAACCGAUAUAAACAGUAUUUCGUCACCCCUGCUACGCUCCAAUGUACCCUUCCUUCAUCCCAUGAUGCUGAUUUGUCUUCCUCAUCAAGAAGUCGGCCCCGGCAAUUAUCAGCGCGUACAGUAUCUCGGGGUUCUACAGGUACAUCACGUCCACUUACUGGAAUGGCCUCCUCAGAUCGCACACCUGCAAGGCUUUCCACUCGCGAUGAUUCACCUCCUAUUCCUGCACCCUUAAGACCUUCAUCUCAAGAGCUAAAUGGAAUUAACACACCACAUUCCCAAGAGGUCCUCAAUAGACUACACUCGGUGAGGCAGGCACUUCAUGAGCAUAGAUCGAAAGAAAAGUUGUGA